AUGAUUAUCUCCCUCACCUGGCUUAUAUUUUAUUAUAUUCAGAGAUUCAGAUAUGCUCAUGCAAAAGAACGACUCACAAAACGCCUGGCAAAUGCAGCUAAGAAGACUAUUGCCAAAAUCCCUCAGAGGACAAUUAAAACUGGUGAUAAAGAAUUGGAAUCUGAUUAUGACCAAUGUGCUGUGUGCAUUGAAGGCUAUAAACCAUCUGAUGUUAUCAGGAUUUUACCAUGCAAACACAUCCUGCACAAAUCUUGUGUUGAUCCCUGGUUAUUAGAACAAAGAAGCUGCCCUAUGUGUAAAAUGGAUAUACUCCGAGCCUAUGGAAUGCCAGUAAAUGGCAGCCAAGAGAGUGUGAACCAAGCUGUAGAUGUGGAGAGUAUGACAACAUCCGGAGGCCUCAUGGAUGAUGCAGAUCCCAGGGUCGCUGAAGAAACCCUAGAUGGGAAUGUUGUUUGUUUGCAGUCUAAUUCAGUCCAUUUUCAUACUUUACCCAUUGAAGUUGAGAGCGAAUGCAAUGUUGAAGCAAGUGAAUGUCUUAUAAAACCCUCCUUAUCUUCUAUGGUUCCUGCCAGCAGCUUUGAGAGUGUACACUCAAGUGACUCUGAAUGCAAUGAGUUUCAAUCAUUAAUGAUGAAACCCAAGCAGUCAACAACCAAUAAUACACCUCAAGACAAUGAAGCUUGA